AUGCAUAAUCCUGAGGCGAACCAUCAAUUAUCACAAGAUGAAACUUUGAAGAAGUUCGAGACGGAGAAUCUCACUAGACUUGACGACGAGCGUGCAGAAGAUCGACAACUGCUAUCGCACGAAGAAGAAAAGAAGUUGUUACGCCGGGUAGACUUGCGUCUUAUGGUACUAUGUGCAGUUAUCUUCAUGAUUAAGAAUGUCGAUGCCAACAACGCUGCAAACGCUCGCAUCAUGAACAAGGGCACACCUCGGAAUAUUCUGACUCAGCUCGAGAUGACUGGCGACGAGUACAAUUUCGUGAACACUAUUUACUUUAUACCCUUCAUCGUGUUCGAAAUCCCGUCAAAUCUGAUUGUGAAGAAAAUGCUUCCUUCGAGGUUCCAGUCUAGGAUAAUGGUAACUUGGGGCAUUGCGCUAGCAUGUCAUGCCGCUGUUACAACAAAGGGAGGGCUCUACACCGCACGAUUUUUCCUCGGACUCUGCGAGGCUGGAAUGUUCCCAGGAAUCGUCCUUCAAAUGACAUACUGGUACCGUGCGGAUGAAAUGACUUGGCGCUUUUUGAUUUUCUAUUCAUUCGAAUUUUUUGCCAACGUUGUUAGUGCUUUGCUUGCGUUCGGUUUCGACCAUAUGAAUGGCAUGAAAGGAUUAUCUGGAUGGCAAUGGUUUUUCUUGCUGGAGGGAGUAUUUACAGUUGCAUUUGGAAUUUUGAUAUGGUUUAUUUUACCCGACUUCCCUGAUCAAGCCAAAUGGCUUACUGAGAAGGAAAAAGCCUUCCUCAAGGCUCGACUUCCCGCAAACGCUCCACGUUCAGACGAGGUGAACUUCAAUUGGAAAGAGAUCGUUGAAACCUUGAAAGACCAACGUCUCUGGCUGUUCACACUAAUGUGGGCGACCAAGACCGUUGGCUCUUCUGGUCUUUCAUUUUAUCUUCCUGAGAUUGUGUCUACGCUGAAACUUACGUCAAUUGCCCAGAGCCAGCUCCUGACUAUUCCUUCUUCAGUACUCCCGAUACUGCUGAUCGCUGGGCAAACCUUCUUGACAUGGAAGCGGAAUGUACCAUAUCCAAUCAUUCCUUUUGUAUACAUGUCCAUUACGCUGAUUUGCUACGCGGUUCUCUACACGUAUCCAAAUGUCGGAGGGGUGUAUGCUGCCACAGUCAUCGCUGCUUCGGUAUCGUUGGCAUGGUUCUCUUCAGCAUGGCCAUGGCGACUUCAAACGACUUCGAAAGCCACGGGCUCCGCCUUCGCCAUCGCCUUCUCUAAUUCUCUCGGUCAGAUUGGGUCAGUUGUCGGGCCACAGAUUUUCCGUGUCAAAUAUGCUCCAAGAUACUCAACUUCCUUCGGCAUUGCUAUGGGUUUCACCGUCAUUUGCCUCGUCACGAUUGCCUACACCUGGUGGGUAACGAGAGAGACAGAGAGACAGACACGAUACAUACAGAAGCAAAGGAUCGCCGCGGCACGAAACGGUGGAUUUAUCACACAAGACGUAGAUAUCAACGCGGACUUUCGAAAUCGGAAGGACGGAGCGGCCUAG